AUGGAUCGGGACAUUGCGGCUCGAGUACGGUCAUGUCAACUGUGCUCGUUAAGCAAGCCCGCCCAGAACGCUAAGCUGGGUCUGUUGUCAUCUGAAGUGGCGGAGAGACCUCUGGAGAAGCUUUUCAUCGACUACGUUGGGGCUUUCCCUCGUUGCAAGUCAGGUAAUAAGUUCCUGCUUGUCUGUGUAGAUGCUUUCUCCAAGUUCGUCUGGUUGUUUCCGUUACGAAGCGCCACAGCUCAGCUCACGACUAAGGUGCUCCGUACCAAUAUUUUCCAACAUUUCGGAAUUCCCACCACUAUAGUAUCCGAUAAUGGAACUCAGUUUUUGUCCAAUGAAUUCAAGAGAAUGUGCUUUGGGCACGGUAUCCGCCAUGUGACGACUUCGCCUUACUACCCACAGCCCUCCCACGCAGAGCGUUUUAACCGUAAUCUGCGAUCAGCCCUCAUCGCUUUCCAUGCUAAAAAUCACGAGACGUGGGACCAAGAACAACAAGAACGUUUCCACCCAACAACCCUUUGGCUAAUAUUUGGAGGAUUGGGGACCUUCUGCCACCGCCUGGUACUCCUGAUGUUGCUAGCACUUGGGCAGCUGCCCGGCGAAAUCUUUUCAGGGCUAGGGAAUUGCUGA